AUGAUCUUUGCCUAUGCAUUCGAUGAGUUGGGAAUAGACGAUUGCCACGUUAACCGGCAGCUGACGCCUCUACUCUGUUUUUCUAGGGAUCUGGUUCAACUAGUCAGUAGCAUUAGCCUACCUAUCGCCUUCGGCGUUGCCCCACGAAAAACAAUGGUAUAUGAUCAAUUUCUCAUAGUGGAUUGCCCGACGGCAUACAACAUCAUAAUAGGACGAACGACACUCACUGGGAUCAAAGCACAUAUGUUCCCCCACAUGUUACUCAUGAAAUUCCCAACCUGCCACGGCAUAGGUGCAAUCCGAGGAGACCAGUUGAGUGCGCCAACCUGCUAUGCGACGACGCUGAAAUCUGCAGCCCUCAAACCUCCCAGGGAGACCCUAUCUGUCUAA